UGGAAGGCAAACAGACUAACAGAGCCAUAGCAUUCUGGCUGAGUCGGCAUUAAUGCUAUCCGCUAUCUUCGUCUUCGGUCCUCGCUACGUCUUCUACAAAUAACAAAUCUCACUAAACCCUAAAGUUUCUUCUGCACUGAUUAUUUCUUUAGUAACAUUUCUUCUACGCGGCAUGAAUUUACUCGCCAGAUCGAAAUCAUUGACCAGGAUUAGGUCUUUUGUCGUCAGACAACUGGAUUUGUAUUCCACGAAAACUGCCGAUUCGAUCCCCAAAACCGUGAAGUUAACCAGAGCUAGAACACAGAAAGCUUCUGGAUCGUCGAAGUUUUCUCAGGGAGUCAAGAAGCAGAAUGAGGCGCGAACAGUUUGGCCGAGGCCAACGAGCAUUCCAUACCAAGCAAAAAUGGCUAACUCCUUGAAUUUGAUAGGCUACGUCAAAGCUCCAGUACGAUUCGACGCAGCUGCUGAUGGGAAGCACUUCGCCGCCGUUUUGAUUUCUCCGGAAAAUAGCGAUGGUGAGAAAAGUUCCUCGCUCAUUCCUGUUGUGUGCGAAGGGGAUUUGGCUCACGCCGUCGCUUAUCAUGUGAAGGAGAAUGAUCGCGUCUUCGUGUCGGGGCAAUUGCGUGCAGAACCGUUAGGGUUUACUUUUAGCGAUAGCGUUGGGGGGUUGCAUGUUGUGACGGAAAAUCUUAAAUAUGUUGAAGGCAUUGAUUCUGGUAACGAUUUGGAUGUGCAAAUUGGGAAGCAGAGCUCUGGAAAAAGUGAGGAAGUCAGAAAAUCGAUGGAUAAACAUGAUCUUAAUUUGAUUGUUCAACACUUGUUUGAUCAUCUGAAGAGUAUACUGAUCGAAAAGGACAAUGCUGAAGCUGUUGAAGUUAAACCAGCUGAAGAAGGAGAUGAGAACAAGCAGAGGACAGAUAGGGAUGAAUCUUGGAACAAUCUGCUGAUAAGAUCCCAUGAGUGGUGGGAUUUUCGAUCUCACAAAGCUAAUGGAUUGGUGAAAAGAAAAUUCCCGGAUUUUAGGCACAAGAACACCGGCAAGGGACUUUGGAUCAAUACAGCGCCGGAGUGGGCAUUGCUGCAGAUUAAAAUGUUGAAGUUUGAUGUUAAGUCUAUGGAAGCGAAUCCGGUUGAGGGAGGUGGGAAUAAAAGUGAGUAUAGCUCUAAGAAAGCGAAUCCUGUCGAGGGAGGUGGGAAAAAAAGUGAGAAUAAGUUUAUGAAAGCGAAUCCGGUCAAGGGAGGUGGGAAGAAGAGUGAGAAUAAAAGGGAAGAUUCAUGGAAGCAUUUGGUGGAGAAUCCGAAGAAAUGGUGGGAUAAUAGAUUGACAAAGAAAUCCUCGAAAUGGCCGGACUUUAAGCAUAAAGAGACUGGUGAAGCUCUGUGGUUGCAAACUGCCCCUGAUCAGAUAUUGUCAAAGUUGCCGACAUUAGAAGAUGGCAAAAAUGCUUCGAAUGGCAAGAAGAAGAAUGGACGUACACCUUGA